AUGAGUCCAUAUACUCAAGCUGCAUUCUGGAAGUCGCUUUGGCAACGCGAUUUCUUCUCCCAUGACCAGGUCCCCGAUCUGACCGGCAAGGUCGCCAUCGUCACUGGUGCCAACUCUGGACUCGGGUACGCCACCACUGUCGCCCUUGCAGCCCACGGAGCCCGAGUCUUCCUUGCGUGCCGUAACAAACAACGCGCACAGGACGCGAUCGAAAGAGCCAAGGCCGAGAUCAAGACCAAGUUUCCUUAUGCCGCCGCGCCUCAACUCGACUUUUUGGAACUGGAUCAAGGCGACCUGACAAAGACCAAGCAAUCGGCCCAGGAGUUCCUGAAGCUGGGCCUGCCACUCCAUAUUCUUGUCAACAACUCUGGAAUCUAUGCCGGACCCCUGGGCUUGACUGCGGACGGGAUCGAGAAUGAGUUUGGUGUGAACCAUAUGGGCACCUUCGUGUUCACACUCGCAUUGCUCGACAGGAUCAAGGAAUCGCAACCCUCCCGCAUCGUCAUUCUUUCUUCCUACUUCCUCGAGAGGGCUGCCGGGAUCAACUACGACACGAUCUACAAGGAAGGCGAGACCGAAAAACCCCACCACCAAAACACAUGGAGCAGAUAUGCCCGUUCCAAACUCGCCAACGCCAUGUUCGCCAUCGCCUUGACCCGUCGUGUCAAAAACGAGCCCCGCCUGUUUGUCAAUUAUUGUCACCCGGGUUUAGUCUCGACCGAGGGUUCUCGACCUGCCGCUCGCAAGGAAGGGGAGAAAGUAGGAUGGUUCAGAAAAGUCAAGGAUGGCUUGACUGCGUGGGUAUUCAAAACGAUCUCGAUCCCUGUUGAGAAGGGAGUCCUGACUCAGCUCUACCUCGCGACGAGCCCCGAGAUUGAAAACAAGGGGAUCAAAGGAAAAUAUUUUUGGCCAGUUGCCCUUGAGCUCGAGCCAUCUUCAUACGCCAAGGAUGAGAAGGCACAGGAGGAGCUGUGGACAUACAGCGAGAAGCUGGCCAACGAGAAGAUCAGAGCGUGA